GCUAUCCUUGUUUACAUCUUCUUGCUCUGUCCUCUCUUUGAUAUUUCUGUGCAUUUCUGUUUUUGAAUAAGACACAUAAGAAUACAUCUUCAGAAUCAGCUAAUUCUCAAGUCGAAUUUGCCGUGAUGGGUUCCACAGUUGAGCUCGCAUCCUCGUUCAUCGAAGGUGCCCCGCCAGGCGAGCUCUCUGAUGUUGUCGCUGAUAUCAAGGCACUCACCUCGAACGAAUCGGAUAUUAUUCCCUCUCUUGCGCCUGCAUUUGAACGAUACAAUGAGAAGCAAUUGGCUACCGUGAAGCUGCCCGGAGCUAGUCAGGAGGUCAUCGUCAGUGAAUUCAACAAGUUAGAAGGGAACCGAUACUUUGACGUCGAGAGUCAGACGUCGUUCGAGGUGGAUCAUGUAACACAGCAAGCGUCUGGUGCGCAGUCAUAUGUCCUGGAAUCGCAAAAUGCGGAUUUGAUCAAAUCUCUCCUCAAGUCGCUCGCUAAACACGCUGCGGAACAUUACCCCAACUGCUCCUACGGCGUCUACCCUACCGAGGACGACACGGCUGUCGCGAUUCUACUUGUUGCAAACCGCUACUCGCCAAACAACUUCUGGAACGGUCGCUUCCGCUCCAUCUACCAAGUCCCCGUGUCCGAGUCGACCACCGUGAGCGGCAAGAUCCUUGUGGACGUGCAUUACUAUGAGGAUGGCAAUGUGGCUCUCAACACGAACAAGCCCAUCAAUAUCUCCAUUCCCUCGAUCUCUGCUGAGAGCAUCAUCUCCCGCAUUGCGGCUGCGGAGCGAGACUACCAGGAGGAGCUUAACCGAGCGUUCGUGCAGAUGGCGGAGGGUGCAUUCAAGAACCUGCGGAGACAAUUGCCCAUUACCCGGCAGAAGGUGGAGUGGGAGAAGGUCGGAGGGUACCGGCUGGGACAGGAUAUUGCUGGUGGAAAGGGGCGGUAAACUGUCCGUGGGAUGUACAGAUGCUGGAGGACUGCGAUUGUCUGACCAACAAUGUGUAGAUGGUCGUUUACAUAGUUAUUCUGAAGCGUGAAUCCGACUUUGCUAGAAUGCGUACUCUUGUUCUUCUACC